AUGAAUCCCGCUGGCGACCAGCCCGACCAACCAGACUUACCUUCGGGCGCACCGCCGCUUUCCCAACCCACAGUCGCCCAUGUCAGCGUCCGGCUACCACCCUUCUGGUCGCGGAACCCUGCCAUCUGGUUCCAUCAAGUCGAGGCGCAGUUCCUCCUUGCUGGCGUCACAUCGCAGCUGGCAAGGUACCGGCACGUCGUCGCCGCGUUGCCACCAGAGAUUGCCAUGGACGUUGCCGAUGUCAUCACCAGCCAACCGCCUCAGACCCCAUACGAUCACCUGCGCGCCGCCAUCCUUAAGCGCACCAUGCUGUCAGAGCGCAAACGGAUACAACAGCUCUUAAGCGCCGAGGAGCUCGACGACCGGCGCCCUUCGCAGCUGCUCCGCGCGAUGCAAGCCCUUCUAGCAGACCGGGCCGAUUCUAUCGACGAAGCAUUCCUUCGAGAACUGUUUUUACAGCGGCUGCCGACCACCGUGCAGAUGGUUCUCGCGACGGCUGAAACCUUGCCCCUAUUCCGGCUGGCGGAGCACGCGGACAAGGUGUUGGAAGUCGCUGUUCCGGGAGCAUUGGUCGGAGCAGUCAAUCAGACGGCUCCACCAUACGCGCCUCCUUCUGGGACCCUUGGCCAUCCAUCCCCUUCAGCGUCCCCCUCUGCCAUCAACGCCAUCAGCGUCGAGCUUGCAUCUGUGCGCGCAGAGAUGCAGCGCCUCUCAGAAUCAGUGGCCGCCCUACAACGACCAAGCCCACGCCGACGUUCCUCAAGUCGUUCCCGCCGUUACCGCUCCCCUCGGAGGUUCAAUAGCCGUACCCCUUCCCCUACCGACGGCACCACUCCACCUCCCUGCUGGUACCACGAGCGUUUUGGCAGCGCCGCCACCCGCUGCACACGACCUUGCGGAUGGUCGGGAAACGAUCAAGGGAAUCGCUGA